AUGCCGCCAGCGCCCGUCUACCUCAAGUGGAGACCAACGCAGACCUCGACCUCCCGCCAUCUCUCAAGGAGACCCGGAUCGGACGUAAUCUCUGCUGAGGUCUACAAGCUCGAAUGUCCUCAACUAAUGGAUCACCUGACUGCGCUCUUCCGAGAGAUGUGGCAUCAAGGUGAAGUCCCACAAGACUUCAAAAACGCAACCAACGUGCACCUAUACAAGCGAAAUGGGAACCGCCAAGUAUGCAAAAAUCACCGCGGCAUCUACUUGCUUAAAAUUGCCGGGAAGAUCUUCGGAUGCAUCCUCCUCAACCGCCUCACCAAUCAUCUGGAACAGGGCCUCCUACCGGAAAGCCAAUGUGGCUUCCGUCGUCGUCGCGGGACCACGGAUAUGAUCGUCGCCGCACAUCAGCUUCAAGAGACGUGUCAGGAGAUGCGGACCCACCUGUACUCUACCUUCGUGGACCUGACGAAAGCCUUCGACACGGUGAAUCGUGAAGGACUGUGGAAGGUCAUGCAGAAAUUCGGCUGUCCGAAGCGAUUUACUCAGAUGGUUCCUCAGCUGCAGGACGGUAUGAUGGCGCGAGUCACGGACAACGGAGCUGUCUCAGAGGCAUUCGCAGUGACCAACGGAGUGAAACAGGGAUGCGUGCUGGCGCCAACCUACUUCAGUCUUAUGUUCUCUGCCAUGCUGAUGGACGCCUACCGUGACGAACGCCCCGGGGAUCCGCAUCGCCUACAGGACGGACGGUCACCUCCUGAAUCAAAGGCGGAUGAACUGCCAAUCGCGCGUAUCUACAACCGCCGUUCGCGAACACCUCUUCGCCGACGACUGCGCCCUGAACACCACCUCGGAAGAGGAGAUGCAACGGAUCAUGGACCUGUUCUCUGCCGCCUGUGA